GGGGCUGCGGUGGAAGCGAUGCGGUACAACGAGCGGGAGCUGCUGUUGCUCUCCCGAAAACCGGCCGAAAAGGCGGCGGAGGUUCUCAUGCGCGCCCCCAAGAAAGGAAGCGCCUUGAAGAAACGCCUGGUGAAAUUAGUGGUCAAUUUUCUCUUUUAUUUCCGAACAGACGAGACUGAGCCCAUUGGUGCUUUAUUGUUGGAACACUGCAAGAUCAGCAAAGAAGAAGGGAAAAACGUCUUUUCCAUCAGUAAGUGCUUUAGGAAAGAGUUGUUGAGAUGUUUGUGUCAGGAGAAAAUUUCUCCCCCUUAGAAAAUUGGCAGCCUUUCAUUUUUAACAUUGACAACAUAACAACGUCACUGAUUACGUUGAGCCAAUUCGCCGGUCCAUUCAGUCUCGGUUUGCUGGCUCUGACUGGCAGCUGCUUUCCCUAUUUAUAAAGUUAUUUAUACACACCCAUUUGCAUAUUUUUUUACACCUGUUUGCACUACUCAGGUGAUCCUGAGGGCACAGAUAAGCCUCCCAAGUUGUUUCAGGGACUCUCAGAAAAGGUGCUAAUGGCCAGGGGACUAUACAUCCAUCUUCCACCCUUCAGUCAGAACUGAAGAAGCUUCUUGGAUGAGAAGCGAAACAUCUUCAAGGAAAAACAAAAGUCCAGUUGCCUUUUGAAAAAAAUGCACCUUUUGGAUAGCCAUGACCUAAUGACCGAGAAUCUCUAUAGACAGUUGCUAUACAUUUUACCCCCAAUCUCUUCCUAGCAAUGGGACUUGAGGGGGAGGAAGAGUUAAAAGAUU